UAGGGUGCCAUGCCCUACGACAUACGUUCUCUUAAAAAGAUUCUAAAACAGAAAGGCUUACACAAAUACAAAAUGGUGGAUGAAAAUAUGCAACAUAAUUCAGCUCAGGAUGAGUUGGAAAGUGAAAGGCAAAGAGAGCUAAAGGCUUUUGAUGAGACCAAAGCUGGUGUCAAAGGACUGGUUGAUUCUGGCAUAUCUAAAGUUCCUCAGAUUUUCAUUGCAUCCACUAAUGGGAUCCCAUACAAAACAUCAUCAUCAUCACCCACUUCUACUCAGUUCCAGAUUCCAGUGAUAGACCUUAAAGUUGAAAACUUGCAUGAAGAUGGUGUUGGACGGAAAGAUAUCAUUGACAAGGUUAGAGUAGCCUCUGAAACAUGUGGAUUUUUUCAAGUUGUAAACCAUGGGAUCUCCAAGGAAAUCCUUGAUGAGAUGAUUAAAGGAGUUCGUAGAUUUCAUGAACAGCCACAUGAAUUGAAAGAGGAAUAUUAUAGCCGUGAUGGCACCCGUGAUGGUUCAAGGAAAGUGAGAUUCAUCAGUAACUUUGACCUGUAUCAGUCAAAAGCAGCAAAUUGGAGAGAUACUUUGAUUUGUGCCAUGGCUCCAGAUUCUCCAUACCCUGAAGAGUUGCCUACAGCUUGCAGGGAUAUAAUCAUUCAUUACUCAGAGCAUGUUAAGAGGGUCGGAGUUACCCUACUGGAGUUACUAUCAGAGGCUUUGGGGUUAAAACCCAAACACUUGGAAGAGAUGGAAUGUGGGGAAGGGCAUAUGCUGGUCUCACAUUACUACCCAGCAUGCCCUGAGCCCCACAAAACUAUGGGAACCACAGAACACUCUGACCCUGAUUUCUUCACUGUCCUUCUUCAAGACCACAUAGGUGGCCUCCAAGUACUUUACCAAGAUCACUGGGUUGAUGUCAAGCCAGUGGAGGGAGCUUUAGUUAUUAAUCUCGGAGACCUAAUCCAGCUUAUCUCUAAUGACAAAUUCAAGAGUGCAAAGCACAGAGUUUUAGCAAACACAAUAGGACCAAGGAUAUCAGUGGCCUGCUUCUUCAGCACUCAUUAUCAACCAUUUAAUCGGGUUUAUGGUCCCAUAAAAGAAUUGUUAUCAGAAGAGAAUCUUCCUCUUUACAAGGAAACAACGGUGAGGGAUUAUAUUGUCUAUUACAAUUCGAAAGGGCUUGGCACCCCUGCUCUUGAGGAUUUCAGGCGUUGAAGCAUUUGUGUGAGGUGUUUUGUGGUUUCUCCAAUGGCACUACUAUAUUCAUAACUACCGUUGAAGAAUCUCUACUCUGUAUUUAAUAAGCACAAUUCUUGUACAAGUUUUCGAAAUCCUUUGAUGUCAUACUUUCGUUAAUGACUAUUAUCCAGCAGCUAUAUUUCCUACAUUCA